AUGCUGAAUUGCUUUCCAAUCCCGUCUUUCUUCCUGAUAAUUACCAUCUUCACGCUGUUUGGCAUCCCAAAGUGUUUAUGCCAGGAUGGGCGUUACGUAUUCUGUGGAAAUGUGUAUCAGUGCGGAAACAUCCAGUUUAGGUAUCCUUUCUGGGGAGGAAAUCGCCCGGAGAAUUGUGGGUAUCCUGGUUUUGAAGUGAAUUGCGUAUCAAGUAGUGUUCCCCGGAUUACGAUUUCAUCGCAACAAUACCUGGUUGUCAAUUCUCCGGACAUCACAGCCAAUACUGUGACAGUUGCAAGAGAGGAUCUUUCUAACAACAUCUGUCCACAAGACCCAAAGGAUACCGCCAUAAACUUUACCAUCUUCAAUCCUUCCAACACCCAAAACCUGACUCUGUACUACGGCUGCCCCACAAUUACUCCUCCUCCUCUGUUUGAGUUCCCCUGUACUACGAAUGGAAACACUACCGCCAACUAUUUCAAUAUGCUCGGGUCGAACCAAGGCAUCACGAUCCCCUCUGGCUGCGAUCGUAUCAUUACCGUUCUGGUUGAUCAGGAUGCGGUUCGGAAUUUGGGGAGCUCUGCUGGUUUAAAUAGUGUUCUGAGGGCUGGAUUCACUUUGAAAUACGAGGCGGAAAAUGCAAACUGUCUGAGAUGUUUGCAGUCAAGAGGCCAAUGUGGGUAUGAUUCCGGUUCGUUCGUCUGUUACUGCGCCGACCGUGCCUACACUCGGGAAUGCAACGGCACCGCCGCCGGCACCCCUAGUGGAAACGGAGGAAGCAGAAGUAGUGGUUGGACAGUGAAGAUAACCGUCCCUGUAGUUGCAAUCUCUGUCACCCUAUUGACCGUGGUUCUAGUAAUUUAUUACCUAGCAAAAAAGUACUCAUGGCUGGAAUCAAUCAGCUAUUGGAGGAAGUCAGACAAGGGAAGAGACCUUGUUGUUGAGGAAUUUAUGAGGAAUUUCGGAUCCAUGGCUCCUAAGUUGUACACAUUCUCUGAAGAAAAUGAAAAAUUGGAAUAUGUAAACAUUGUACAAGGAAAAGGAGCAUUGAAACUAGUGGAAAAGCUACAUGCAAUCUUAAUUCGUGAUAGUAGAUCGUGUUACCAAUGCAACUCCCUAAGGCUUUCAGCAGUUAAAGAUGUCAAAACAUCUUUAGCCCCAGAUGAUGAUAUCCCUCGAAUCACCAUCGGGCAAGUAAUGUAUCGAGUCCUCUACCUCGAUUUCCCCGUCAAGAAAACUGUUACUGUUGCAAGAGACGAUCUUUGGAAUAAUACUUGUCCUAGGUAUCUCAAGAACACUACUUUAGAUUCCAACAUCUUUAGCCUCACUAACAAAAAAUGUAAAUCUUACGCUCUAUUACACUUGUUCCUGGAGGGACUAAGUCAUGGAAUGAGUGAUUCGAUUAGUCCUUUUGCCUCCAAGUGCAAUAGUAGCAUAUUUGUACCUGUCAAUCAGGAUGCAGCUCAGAUUUUGAUAGGUAAUGGAACCCUGAGAGCUUUGCUAUCUGCUGGCUUUACUUUGCAAUAUGAAGCCAAUAAUACAGCGUGUGACAUUUGCAUUCGGACUGGCGGGCGAUGUGGUUAUAAUUAUGCUUCCAGUUCCUUUGCGUGCUACUGCUUUGAUCGUCCACAGGAUCUAUCAUGUCCAGAUGUAGGAUAUGGAUAUACCAAGAGAGGGGUUUCAAGAGUUGCACUGUCUGCUGGAUCAUUGCUUGGCUCAAUACUUCUCUGCUGCCUCGCCAAAAGGAAGUCGUGGUGGGAGGCAAUGAUCUACAGGAAGUUGCAGAAAAGACAUAAUGAACUCGUUCAAGAAUUUAUGAGGAGUUAUGGAUCCAUUGCUCCUAAGAGAUACGCCUAUUCAGAGAUCAAGAAGAUGACCGACUCGUUUAAGAACAAAUCAGGCCAUGGUGGUUAUGGUUGUGUUUACAAAGGUCAGCUGCCUGAUGGUCGUCAGGUGGCUGUUAACGUCCUGAAUGAUAGCAAGGGAAAUGGUGAGGAUUUCAUUAAUGAAGUUGCCACCAUUAGUAGAACCUCCCAUAUUAAUGUAGUCGCUCUUCUAGGCUUCUGUUUCAACAGGAAAAAGAAAGCAUUGAUCUAUGAGUUCAUGCCUAAUGGAUCUUUGGACAAGUUCUUGCGUAAUAAGGAUUCAUCACAGAAUACGGUCAUGGAUAAUUUGGAGUGGAAAAUAUUAUACAAAAUGGCAGUUGGCAUUGCACGAGGUCUGGAAUAUCUUCACCAAGGUUGCAAUACAAGAAUUGUACAUUUUGACAUAAAGCCUCAGAAUUUACUUCUGGAUGCAGACUUUUGUCCCAAGAUCAGCGAUUUUGGCCUGGCUAGAUUAUACAAGAGGAAAGAGAGUAUUUUAUCUACAAUGACCGCCAGAGGAACUAUCGGAUAUAUUGCUCCAGAAGUGAUAUUCCCAACCUUUGGAGGUGUGUCUCAUAAAUCUGAUAUCUAUAGUUAUGGAAUGAUGGUUCUCGAGAUAGUUGGCUUGAGAAAGAAACCCGAGAUUGAGUCACUGCAAACCAGAAAAGACCUACCACUCGAAUAUACAAAUCCAGUUGAGAGACCAUCGAUUAGUAAGGUGGUGGAAAUGCUAGAAGCCAUGAUUAGCUAUAAUUGUGGAUUCAGACUGACGAGUCCAGAUCCAUCACCUCCAACGGGCCCGGCCCACUACUCGGCUUUAGGGUCAAAACCGCCACGGAUAUGGUGGUUUAUUAUUACUAACCCUAGUAAUAAUCGGAUGCCUCCCAAGUCUAUAAAUAGGGACCUAUAUUCCACACUAAAGGAAACCCUAGUCGGAGUUUCACCCUACACCGGCGGUACAAUUCCAGUUUCUUGGAAACUCAAGAUGCAUAAUCUCCUUCGCAUAAUUUCUCUCUUGUUCGUUGUUCCGCUGAGCUUGAUUUUGAUCCGAAUCCCAAAAUCUUACUGCCAGGAUCAACACUUUUUAGCCUGCAGCGAUGCAAAUCACUGCGGAAACAUUAACAUCACUUAUCCCUUUUGGAUUGAGAAUGAAGAAAACUCUGGUUGUGGUUAUCCAGGUUUCCAGGUAAGUUGCCAAGCUGAUGUCCCCCGGGUUUCAAUAGGGAAAGUAGUAUACAGAAUCCUAGACCUUAGUUACCCUGCUAAUGGAACUGUUACUGUUGCAAGAGAUGAUCUCUGGAACACUGUUUGUCCUACAUUUCUCCAGAACACUACUUUAGACUUUGAUAAAUUUAGUUACUCUAGUGAUACCGAAAACCUCACUUUGUCUUAUGGUUGUACUUCCUCUGCUCCUGGACUGUCAAAGCCUUCCAACGAGUUUGAUUGUUUAGUCAAUAAUACAAUCACUUCGAGUUUUUUCAAUGUAAUCAGCUCGAAUACAACCAACCCUUCUCAUUUUAAGUGCAAUAGUAGCAUAUAUGUACCAGUUCCUCAUGCUGUAGCUCAGAGAUUGAAGGAUUCCGAAGGUUUAGGAGCUGCGGUGGCUGCUGGUUUUACGUUGCUAUAUAAAGCAAAUAAUUCAAUCUGCGAAGGAUGCUUGCAGUCUGGCGGGCGAUGUGGGUAUAAUAAAGAUUCCAGCUCAUUUGUGUGCUUCUGCUAUGACCAUGCGUACAAUUUGGUAUGUAAUGAAUCAGGGAGUGCUGGAAAGCAUUCUAGAUCUGCAGCCGAGGGAAACAACCAAUUGGUUCAAGAAUUCAUGAGGAGUCACGGAUCCACCUCUGCUGCCAAGCUGUACACCUAUUCAGAAAUAAAGAAAAUGACCAGUUCUUUUAAGAACAAAUUAGGUCAUGGUGGUUAUGGUUGCGUAUACAAAGGUAAGCUACCUGAUGGUCGUCGCGUUGCAGUAAAAGUAUUGAAUGGUGACAAAGGGAAUGGCGAGGAGUUCAUCAAUGAAGUUGCUGCUAUCAGCAAAACUUCACAUGUUAACGUUGUAACUCUAUUAGGCUUCUGUUACAACAGCAAAAGGAGAGCAUUGAUCUACGAGUUCAUGCCUAAUGGAUCCUUGGAUAAGUUCAUAUGUCAAAAGGAUUCGUCACAGGCUAUGACAAACGAUUACUUGGAGUGGAAACUAUUGUACAAAAUUGCAGUUGGCAUUGCUCGAGGUUUGGAGUAUUUACACCAGGGUUGCAACACCAGAAUAGUUCACUUUGACAUCAAGCCUCAGAAUAUACUUCUGGAUGCAGACUUCUGUCCUAAGAUCAGUGAUUUUGGCUUAGCUAAAUUGUAUAAGAGAAAAGAGAGUAUUUUAUCGACAUUGACUGCCCGAGGAACAGUUGGAUAUAUCGCGCCAGAAGUGUUUUGUCGGAACUUUGGUGGUGUGUCUCAUAAAUCAGAUAUCUAUAGUUAUGGAAUGAUGGUUCUUGAAAUGGUCGGCUUGAGAAGAAAACCCGAAAUUGAUCCACAAGAAACAGUCGAAGGUACAAUGCAUGAAGAAGAGGAGGAGACUGCAAUGAAGAUGAUCUUAGUUGGGCUAUGGUGCAUCCAAACAAAUCCAGCUGACAGACCAUCCAUCAGUAAGGUUGUAGAAAUGCUUGAGGCGACGAGUUCCAAUCUGCAGGAGUCUUGGACAACUACGUUAACAACUUCUGAGGCAUAA